UUCUAACUGGAUUCAUUGCAUAUUUUAUAAUACGCAACAGUAAUAUUAUAAUAAUAUUUUGUAUUGAAUUACAUCAAUAAUUUCAACAUUGUGAAUUUACUGUACAACAUUAUUCGGUGUAUAUUUCCUUAUCGAAAGAGAUGAUCAAAAAUGAUAAAAGAAAAUACUGAAGUUAUAAAACCACCUGAAAAAGUUGAUGACUUUUUGUUGUCACUAUUUAAGGCAUUGGACAGGCAGAAAUCUAAAGAUGAUCGUAAAAUAGUGGAAAAAAAAGUGGUUGUUCGGAGGUUGCCUCCAACUAUGACUGAAGAAAGAUUUCUCAAUGAAGUGUCUCCUCUGCCUGAAUUCAAUUACAUGUAUUUUAUACCUGGUGAUCUACAUGCAGUACCAUUUCAUCAUUCAAGGGUGUAUAUAAAUUUUCUUAAAGAAGAUGAUAUGUAUAUGUUUACAGACAAAUUUGAUGGCUAUGUAUUUGUUGAUGACACUGGUGACGAGUAUCCAGCUACUGUUGAACUAGCACCUUACCAGAGGAUACCAAAAAAAAAAUUAGAUAAAGAUGCAAAUUGGGGUAAGAUACACGAGAACCCAGUGUUCUUAGAGUUUAAACGUAAUUUUGAACAGAAGACUAUUGAUACCACAUUAAAAACUACACAACACUUUUUUGAAUCCGUUGAGGAUAAAUCUCAAGAACAGGACUUGAGUACACCAUUACUUGAAUAUUUAGCAAAGCAAAAUGAUAAGCAACGUGUACGAGUAAAUCAAAGGGAUGAACGUCGUAAAAAAGUAUUUAUUAGAAAACAGGAAAAAGAGGAUGUUUGGAGAAACAAAAAAGUGGAAAAAGAAAUUUUCAUUAAACCCAAACAAAUUACCAAAAGCAGCAUAAUCAGUAAAAGAGUAAUUGAUGAAAAACCAGUGAGAGAUACAAGCCAAAAAAAAAUCAUUAAAAGUCAUAAAGACGAUACAGGAUAUAUUGUUGAAAAAAACAAAUAUUAUGAUGAAAAUCAUAAAGUUAAGAGUGAAGAAACUAAAGUUGACGAAGUAAAAAAAAUAGAGAUUAAAAUUAAAACAGCCAAGCUGAAUAGUCCACUUAAAUGUUUUGAUAAUGAUUUAAAAGAAGAUAUUAUUUCUAAACCUGAAAAAAUGAAUGUGGAUAUGUCUAAAGAAGAUAAUGAUAUAAAAAAGAAAUCGGAAGCAUUGAAACCUGGACAUUCAGAAAUCAAAACUAGUGUAUCAACUAAACAUAAUAAGUGGCAUGAUGAUAAGGAAACAGUUGAAUCUGGUGAAACUGAAAACUAUAAAAAGCAUCGAUCUGAUACGGAUAAAAGAUUUUCUUACAAUAAACGAAUAGAUAAUCGCCGUCAAGAAUCCAAGACUGAUCGUCGCAUUAGAAAUAAGGAUCGUCCAGCUAUAGAAAUUUAUAGGCCAGGGAUGGGCAGAUUGAGUAAGUUAAAAGCAGAGAAUGAUAGUAUUGAACCAGAAGCUAAUAAGUAACAAUUCAAAAUUUAAAUUAUACUUAACAAAAAAAUAAUGUACAUUCUUCUUGUAUUUGAUUUUUAAGCUAUUUCUCUAUAAUUUUCAUAUAACUAAAUUUUGUAACAUGCAUUUUUUAGUAAUAUUAAAGAUUAAAUAUAUAUGAAUCAUGGUAAAUCAUAUUCUGUUUGUUUUAUUAACUAAAGAGUAACGGGUAUUAUAUUUAGAGGCAUUGGAACAAGGAAUGGAUGUGUAAGUUAUAACAUAAAUCCCACAUUCCCACCUAGUGUUUUAGAAAAUUUACUUAUUAUGAAUAAGUAGUUUUAAUUGUACAACAAUACAUUUUCAAUUAUUCAAAUCAUUGAUUUUAUGACAUUACAAAAUAUUUAUGUUGAGGAUAUUUGUUGUUUGGUUGUUGUGAGUUGUGACUGAUUUGUUGUAGAAUAUAGAAUUUUUUUUUUUUUCAUCAUGUUUGUGGUAUUUGGUAAUAAUAUAAUACUGUGCCAUAUUUCAAUAUUGUUUUAUAUUUAAUUGAACAGAAUUGUAACAAAAUUACUUUUUAAAAGUAAUUUCUAUGUUAUUGUGUUAUUUUCCACGUGAUUUAAUCAAGUUACGAAUGUAUGACAAAACCUAGGUGCUAGAAUAUUCGAGUAAAAUUAAAAAUCAAUAAAAUUUAUUUACGAUUUUAAAAGUUCUAAAUAAUAAUCAACAAUAUUAUUUAAGGUCCCAGGUAUUAAUACUUAUACAGUUACUCAUUUUGUUCAUGUAUAACAUUAAGUCAUUACUCAUUAAUGUUAUCAAUGUUGUACUUAUACUCAUAGGCGCAAAUAGGGGGGGGGGCUUAGGGGUAUUAGCACCCCCAAUUUUAAAAUUAGCCCCCUCUAAUAGUUUAUGUGUACUUCUCCUUACAACUACAAAAAAAACCAAAAACAGUUUAUCAUCAGACAUGAGGGUAUCAGAGUAUAAUGAAUGAAACAAUGAACUCAACAAUUGUCAUUUUUUCAAAUUCAAAUCUAUUUAGAACAUUAAUCAUUAUUUUCCAAUGUCUCUACUAAACCCGGUCGUGGUGGUCAGUUAUAUUAUUAUCAGUUGUCAAGAUCAUCAGCGACUCAGCACUAUGUAUUAUAUAGUAUUAUAUAGUAUAAUAUCCCAUACAGGUUGUAAUAAAUAGAACUGACUUUUGAAAUAACUUUUGUUCGA